AUGGUAUUGCCGCCGGCAACUCCCGCUCCCUCCCGGUUCUUGGGUUCGAAGAGACAGCAGUCUCACAGCCAGACUCUGAACCAGGAUCAUGCAAAUGGGCCACGCCAGUUCCAUGCUACCCCUCGGUUUUCUGCCUCGACCCCGAGGCCCUCUUCAACCCAAACGGGGUUGGCCUUCACGACGCCAGCGCUGGCAAUCAAGCCCCGAGUGCCUAGGAGCUGCUCAACCCAGGAUAUCAUAGAUGACACCUCGCCGAUAUCCUCCGGGGAGUGCUCACCCUCUGCUUCCCUUGGCCCACCAAACACUUUCCCUGAACCAAUCGAGUUUGAGUCCUCUCUCGUCCCACAAUCUCCGUCCCUGGAUGAGGGGCGCUCUCCGAAACGCCGGCGCAUUUCGAUCGCCUCAUCAGAACCCGGAACAGAUCCAAUAACUACCGAGCAGCAAUCAGGACUCGCUUACAUUGAAUCUCUAUCUGACGCUGGAGAAGAUCACAUCGUCUCUUACAACUCCGACAUAGACGAUGAAAGCGACACACAUGUGCAAGACGAGAGCCCCGACAUCUCGCCCACUCGCACCCACCCUCACAUUCACUUACCUACCUCAUCCCCAAACUACCCUCCCUCCCCAAGCAUCCGCACCGAGGAAGAAUCCUUAGCCGAUGACUCGGACCCCGGCCCCGAAUCCGACCCCGAAUCCGACGCAGCCAACUCACAAGACAGCGACACCGCCCUCCUCAAACUAACAACCCGCAAACCCGCCUUCCGCUCCGCCCCGCGCUUCAAGCCGGCCGAACCACCAGACGAGGCGCACGCCCACCCGGACCCUUACCUGGCAGACAUCUUCUCGCCGCAGCGGCGCGGAGCCAAGUAUUUCCCGGGCGGCCUGGCCGCCGAGCUGCGCGACUGGCUGGUGGAGGCGAAAGGCGGUGUGGACGGGAAAGGGGAAGCGCAAGCGACUUCGUCAGUGUUGCGGUUUGCGACGGCUGCUGAGGCGGCCACGGCCACUGCCACGGCGAGGGUCGUGGUUGAUGAGGUUUCUCAUGGCGGGCCCGGGAUGACGCUUAUUUUGGGUCGGCUUCUUCUGGAUGCGGGAGGUGGUGAGGGUGUGGGCUUUGGUUCGGAUGGGCAGGAGGCGGGACGGGUGAGGGUCAUUCUGGCUGGGGAGGGGACAAUUGAGGGGCUGGGCGGCGGCCGCGGCGGUGGGAAUCGGGGCAGGGUUGGUCCUGGGGCGGUGGUUGCGAUCACGCCGCCUGCAUGGGACGUUGAGCUUGACGGUCGAUGGGCGGUCGCUUACCGGUGGGAGGUGAGCGAGGGGAGCGGCGGCGGCGCUGGGUGA